AAAAGCUGUAGCUCCAGACGAGUUGUCUCUGGGGUUAAAGUUGAAGUAGUUGGCGCUAUGACCUCCCCAUCCAACAAGAGUGAAAUGCCUGGCACAGUGCGAGUGGACUGGAAUGACGUGGACUUGGUGGCCAAGAUGAAGAAGAAAGGGGGCAUCGAGGAGAAGCAGAUUCUGACGAAGGUCAGCGGUUUCGCCGUGCCUGGCGAGCUGCUGGCCAUCAUGGGUCCAUCGGGCGCAGGGAAAACAUCCCUGUUGAAUGUCUUAGCAGUUCGCACUGCUCCGACUUCGGGCGAACUCAGCUUCAAUGCGUCGCAAUAUUCGAAAUCUUUGCAGGGAAGAGUAGCUUAUGUGCACCAACAGGAAAUGCUUCUGGAGGCUUACACGCCGCGGGAACAUUUGCUGUUCCAAAGCACGCUGCGUAUGCCCCGGGACGUCACCAAAGCGCAGCGGGAACAACGUGUGGACGCCUGUAUCAAGAUGCUCGGCUUGGAGAAGUGUCAGCACAGCCUCAUAGGCGAUGUCUACCAUGGCAUCUCCAAAAACGAGAAGCGCAGAGUCACCUUUGCCACGGAGAUUCUCACUCAGCCAGCGGUGUUGUAUUGUGAUGAGCCCACUACUGGUUUGGACAGUGUCAUGGCCGAGGUGAUUGUGAAGUACAUGAAGGCCAUUGCAGAAGAAGGGCAGAAGGGGCAGAAGGUGACAGUCAUUGCAUCCAUCCAUCAACCUUCCUCCCAGGUGUUUCGGCUCUUUGACCGGCUGCACUUCUUGGUGGAUGGCCGAACAGCCUACUUUGGAGCGGUGUCCAAGUUGGAGAGCUACUUCGAGAGCAUUGGCUACACCAUGCCCGACCACACCAUGCCAGCGGACUUUGUCAUGAGACUGUGCAUCGACCCACGAGACCCUGAAGGGGCGGCCAGCCGACGUGUGGCCAUCAGUGAUGCCUGGGACAAGCAGUGGCCCAAUGAGGAUGCGCGUGCCAAUGGAGCGCCCAUUGGGAUGCUCCCCAAGGACAAGUCGGAAGUUUUCGACAGCGACCGCCAGACCAACUGGUGCAUGCAGCUGGUUCACCUAACAAAACGUGAGGUCAUCAUGAAGGUCCGUUCGAAGGCGGAUCUGCGCUCAGCCUUGCUGCGGACCCUGGUGCUGGGAGUUCUCUUUGGACUGACCUUCCUGCAGCUGGAGAAGAGACAAAGUGCGCUGUUCACUAUCAACGGAUGCCUCUUCUUCACGAUGAUGAUGGGAGUAAUGAACAUCUGUAUGUCUGCAGCGAUGGGUAUCCCCACGCGUUUGCCCACUCUCAUCCGUGAACAUCGCAAUGGAGCGUAUGGAGUGCCGGCCAUGUAUCUCAGUAAAGCCUUGGCAGAUGCCCCCUUUGACUUCUUAAUCGCCCUACUUUGGAGCAGCCUGAUGUAUUGGAUGGUCGGCUUCCGUGACGACUUCGGGCACUACCUGUACUUCUUCGUGGUCGUCUAUGCCCUGACGAUCGUGGCGACUGGUGUGGGCUACUUGGGUGGCUAUACCGCACCCGUUGCCGCCAUUGGGAUGUUGGUGGUGCUUCUGAACAUCAUGCCGCAGAUGCUCUUUGGUGGUCUUUUCAUGAACCUGAAUUCGGUGCCUCCUGGAUUUAUUUGGUUGAAGACUAUCUCCAUCUUCCGCUUGGGAUUUGAGGCACUCAUGAUCAACCAGUGGCAAGACUACGGCGUCCUGGAUUGCUCCAAUGAGCCCGUGUGCGUUGCAGCUGAUGGGGAGGCCGUUCUCAGCCGCAAUGGCAUUGACCCAGCAGCCAGUUAUGCGGGCGCCAUUCUGUGGCUGUUGAUUCCCUUGUGUGUUUACCACAGCUUGGCCUUUUUGAUUCUCUGGCGCCGUGCCCAGCCGCGGCAAUUCGAGGGUGCCGCUCCGGAGGAUGACACGAAGGGAGAGCUGCGGCGAGAGUCAGAGGAGCAGCAGAAACUCUCCAGCAUCGAGCGGCCGGAGAUCCUGCUACAGUGGUUCAACCUGUCUGUGGAAGCCUCGCGGGCCGAUGUGAACGGAACCAGCAAGCAGGUGAAGAUUUUGGAGGGCAAUGCUGGCAAUGUGGCGCCUGGGGAGCUGUUAGCCAUCAUGGGUCCCUCAGGCAGUGGAAAGUCCACCCUCUUGAAAUCGCUGGCGGGCAUCGCGGAGCUGCCACUGUGCCAAGGUUCGGAUGUUAUGAUCAAUGGCAAAACCUUCUCAGAGGAGGUGCGUGAACACAGUGCCUUCCUCUUCCAGGACGAACAGCUCUUUGGGAAUCUCACGGUGCGGGAGCACCUGCUGUUCCAGUGCCGCUUCCGCAUGGGCCGCUUGCCCAAGAGCGAAUGCGUGCAGCGCAGCGACGCGCUCAUCACGGAGUUGGGCUUGGCGAAGUGUAAAAAUACCCUCAUUGGAGCCAUUGGAGCGGGCAUCUCAGGCGGUGAGCGGCGUCGCCUGGCCUUCGCCACCGAGCUGCUCACGGAGCCCACCUUGCUCUUUGCCGAUGAAGCCACCAGUGGCCUCGACAGCGCCAUGGCGCUCAACGUGAUGAAGCUGCUGCAUGGCUUCGCUCGUGGGGAGGGGACGGCCACGCAGAAAACGGUGCUGGCCACCAUUCACCAGCCCAGUGAAGAGGUCUUCAACCUAUUCGACAAGGUGCUCAUUCUGGUGGAGGGCCGUACAGUCUACUUCGGCUCGCCAGGUGGUGCACUGCAACACUACAGCUCGUUGAGUUUGCAGUGCCCUCGCGAUGAAAGUCCCCCCGACUUCUUCAUGCGUUGCGUGGCCACAGAUGCUGGGGAGGACGCGGAUCGGCAGCAGGCCAAGCAGAACGUUGAGACCCUGCUGAAGGCGCUGCCUCCAUUGGCCACACCGGACAUGCCGAAGAAGUUUGAUCCCAAGGUCGAAUCUUUGAAGGGUUCGGGGGUGGUAGCCUUACUGACCCUGGUACGACGUGAGUUCUUGAUCCGCCGGAGGAGCAAGAUUUUGUUCAAGGCAGCCAUUGCGCGCACGCUCUUCAUGGCCAUUUUGUUGGGACUUCUCUAUUGGCAGCUGCCAAACGACCAAGACUCCUGGCAGAGCGUGCUUGGCGUCCUGAACAUGAUCAUGAUCAACACCUUCAUGACCAGCGGUUUCGGACUCACCCAAGAGUUGCCCCACUCCUUCCGCCCGGCCUUCAGAGAGGCCAGGGCUGGUAUGUACUCGAUCUCAGCUUGGUUUUGGUCAAAGACCCUGGGAGAUCUUCCUGUUGAUGUCAUUGGACCCUUAAUUGGCAGCUCCCUGAUUUUUGCGAUGACUGGUGUGGGCAAGACGGCGGAAUCGUACUUUCUCUUUGUGAUGUGGGCUUGUGUAACGUCGGUGAUUGGCAACACCUGGGGAUACCUGGCGAGUGCUGCCGGGGGGCGGGCGGAGUACGCCUUCGCCAUCUUCCUGCUCUCUGUCUUCCCCUUCAUGAUUUUCAACGGAUACAUGAUGACCACGGAGGAGAUCCCCAUCUAUUUCAGGUGGAUCGAGUAUGUGGGUCCCUUCAAACCCAUCUUUGCAGAGUUGAAUGUUGCCAUUUGGACGACGCGUACAUUGGAUUGUCCAGCUCAGGGACCCUGUCCCUUCCGCAGCGGGGAGGAUGUUUUGCGACUUCGUGGCAUGGACGAGGUGGAUCACGUGUACAACUACUCGAUCAUCAUCGGUCUCUACUUGUUGGGCUGCCGCCUGUUGGGCUGGGGCAUCAUCGUGCUUCGCUGGCGACUAGGUGCCUCCAAUGUGGCUGUGGCCGCUGGAAAGAAGAGCGCGAGGGCCAAGGUGCACUCGGAUGACUCGGAUGAGGUGGCACACAGCAACGUGGAGAGCCCAUGAGAGCCCAAGAGCAAGGGACUUGGGCGACUUGGGAUUCGCGACAAAAAAAUCGCCAAUCUUGGCUUCGUGGUGGGUCUCACCCCAUGGACCUGAGAUUGGAUUUUCCAAAGGCUGAACUUCGGUGCUCAAGCCGGAUUGGAGUGAGCGACUUUGAACCGAAGCGAGUCGGGAAGAAAACUUUCGGACUCGAUGGCCCGGCACAGGAAGAAUUGUUCCGACGUUGAUCU